AUGGCCCUUGAGCAACGGUGCAGUAAUGUAGAGGCGAAACUCGAUGAUACCCUUCAGAAGAACAAAGCCUUGAGUAUCCGAGUGGAAAGCCUGGAAAAAGAGUUGUUGGAUAAAGAGAAGUUGUUGCUUGACCGCAAAGUGGAAGUGUCUCAGGUUGGAAGCGACGAGGAUUGCCUUGUCAAGGAGGGUGUUGUUAGGAUCGUGGACAAGGUUAUUGAGUUUCCCGAAUUUCUGCAAAUUUUUGGUCAGAUCAAACAUAUAUGCUUUGCUGCUGGUGAAGAAUCUGGGAGGGAGGCAUUGCGCAAGGAAGUUGUUGUUGGGAUGUUUGAUGCGCUUACUGCUAGCUCAACUUCCAGCCAUAUUUGGAGAGAUGGUGGAUGUCAUUGA